GUGGCCGGUCGCCGUCUGCCGCUCUUGUCGCGGGAGAAGCGGGAGCGCCGGGGAGCUGUCCGGGCGAGGGGGCGCUUCCAGAGCGGAGCCGCCGGCCGGCACGAGCCUCGGAGGAGCCGAACGGCCGGUGCAGACCCAGCGUCGCCCGCUCACUGCCCGAGCGCACCAUGUCGCGGGGCUCGAUCGAGAUUCCCCUCCGGGACACUGACGAGGUCAUUGAACUUGACUUCGAUCAGUUACCGGAGGGAGAUGAAGUUAUCAGUAUUCUGAAACAAGAACACACACAACUGCACAUAUGGAUUGCUUUGGCGCUGGAAUACUACAAGCAAGGAAAAACAGAAGAGUUUGUUAAGUUAUUGGAAGCAGCACGUAUAGAUGGCAAUUUGGAUUAUAGAGACCAUGAAAAAGAUCAGAUGACGUGCUUGGAUACAUUGGCAGCCUAUUAUGUACAACAGGCUCGAAAGGAAAAGAAUAAGGACAAUAAAAAGGAUCUUAUUACACAAGCAACUCUACUAUAUACAAUGGCUGAUAAAAUUAUUAUGUAUGACCAGAACCAUCUUCUGGGAAGAGCCUGCUUCUGUUUACUUGAAGGUGACAAAAUGGAUCAGGCUGAUGCCCAGUUUCAUUUUGUACUCAACCAGUCUCCAAAUAAUAUCCCAGCUCUUCUUGGUAAAGCUUGCAUUUCCUUCAACAAAAAGGAUUAUAGAGGAGCUCUUGCUUACUAUAAGAAAGCAUUGCGUACUAAUCCAGGAUGUCCAGCUGAAGUUCGUUUAGGAAUGGGUCAUUGCUUUGUGAAACUUAACAAACUGGAGAAAGCUCGCCUGGCAUUCAGCAGAGCCCUGGAACUCAAUUCGAAAUGUGUGGGAGCAUUGGUUGGAUUAGCUGUUCUAGAACUCAACAAUAAAGAGGCGGAUUCCAUCAAAAAUGGUGUCCAACUUCUUUCCAGAGCCUACACAAUUGACCCCAGCAACCCUAUGGUAUUGAACCACUUGGCAAAUCACUUUUUCUUCAAAAAGGAUUAUAGUAAAGUUCAACAUUUGGCGCUCCAUGCAUUCCAUAAUACAGAAGUGGAGGCCAUGCAAGCGGAAAGUUGCUAUCAGCUGGCUAGAUCAUUCCAUGUUCAGGAAGAUUAUGACCAAGCCUUCCAGUACUACUACCAAGCUACACAGUUUGCUUCAUCAUCUUUUGUGCUGCCAUUUUUUGGUUUGGGACAAAUGUACAUUUAUCGAGGUGACAAAGAAAAUGCAUCACAGUGCUUUGAGAAAGUUUUAAAAGCAUAUCCUAAUAAUUAUGAAACCAUGAAAAUUCUUGGCUCUCUAUAUGCUGCUUCAGAAGAUCAGGAAAAACGAGAUAUAGCCAAGGGACAUUUGAAAAAGGUCACAGAACAAUAUCCUGAUGAUGUUGAGGCUUGGAUUGAAUUGGCACAAAUCUUAGAGCAAACGGAUAUACAGGGUGCCCUGUCAGCCUACGGUACAGCUACACGGAUCCUACAGGAGAAAGUACAGGCUGAUGUUCCCCCAGAGAUUCUGAAUAAUGUGGGUGCUCUUCAUUUUAGACUUGGAAAUCUUGGUGAGGCAAAGAAAUACUUUUUGGCAUCAUUGGAUCGAGCAAAGGCAGAAGCUGAGCAUGAUGAACAUUAUUAUAAUGCCAUUUCUGUUACAACAUCAUACAAUUUAGCCAGGCUCUAUGAAGCAAUGUGUGAAUUCCACGAGGCAGAAAAAUUAUAUAAAAACAUCUUACGAGAACAUCCCAAUUACGUUGACUGCUAUCUCCGCCUAGGAGCCAUGGCUAGAGAUAAAGGAAACUUUUAUGAGGCUUCAGAUUGGUUUAAGGAAGCACUGCAAAUUAAUCAGGACCAUCCAGAUGCUUGGUCUUUGAUUGGUAAUCUUCAUUUGGCAAAACAAGAAUGGGGUCCUGGGCAAAAGAAAUUUGAGAGAAUUUUAAAACAACCGUCUACACAGAGUGACACUUAUUCUAUGCUGGCUCUUGGCAACGUCUGGCUUCAGACUUUGCAUCAGCCCACUCGCGAUCGAGAAAAGGAAAAGCGUCAUCAAGAUCGUGCUCUGGCCAUCUACAAACAAGUACUCAGAAAUGAUGCAAAAAAUCUGUAUGCUGCUAAUGGCAUAGGAGCUGUUUUGGCCCACAAAGGAUAUUUCCGUGAAGCUCGUGAUGUAUUUGCCCAAGUCAGAGAAGCAACAGCAGAUAUCAGUGAUGUGUGGUUGAACCUAGCACACAUCUAUGUAGAACAAAAGCAAUAUAUCAGUGCUGUGCAAAUGUAUGAAAAUUGCCUCAGAAAGUUCUAUAAGCAUCAAAACACUGAAGUUGUGCUCUAUUUGGCCCGAGCCCUCUUCAAAUGUGGCAAGUUGCAGGAAUGCAAACAGACUUUGCUGAAGGCUCGACAUGUGGCACCCAACGAUACAGUUCUUAUGUUUAAUGUGGCAUUGGUCCUACAAAGAUUAGCUACCUCUGUCCUGAAAGAUGAAAAGAGUAAUCUGAAGGAAGUACUUAAUGCUGUGAAAGAACUGGAGCUUGCACAUAGAUACUUCAGUUACUUGAGUAAAGUGGGAGAUAAAAUGAGGUUCGAUUUGGCCCUUGCUGCUACUGAAGCCAGGCAGUGUUCUGAUUUACUGAGCCAGGCCCAAUACCAUGUGGCCAGGGCACGCAAACAGGAUGAAGAGGAAAGAGAGUUGCGAGCAAAACAAGAGCAGGAAAAAGAACUACUAAGGCAGAAACUUCUUAAGGAACAGGAAGAGAAACGUCUCAGAGAAAAGGAGGAACAAAAGAAACUUCUGGAACAGCGGGCUCAAUAUGUAGAGAAGACCAAAAAUAUUCUUAUGUUUACUGGAGAGACUGAAGCAACAAAAGAAAAAAAAAGAGGUGGUGGUGGGCGGCGUUCCAAGAAGGGAGGAGAGUUUGAUGAAUUUGUCAAUGAUGACACUGAUGAUGAUAUGCCUAUAUCCAAAAAGAAGAAGAGAAGAAAGGGCAGUGGUAGUGAACCAGAAGGUGAAGAAGAGGAGGGUGGUGAGAGAAAGAAGAAAAAGAGAAGAAGACCUACAAAAGGAGAAGAAGGAUCGGAUGAUGAUGAAACAGAAAAUGGCCCCAAAACGAAAAAGCGCCGUCCUCCAAGAACAGAGAAGAAAAAGGCUCCCAAGCCAGAACGUCUGCCUCCUUCAAUGAAAGGAAAAAUAAAAUCCAAAGCCAUCAUAUCAUCAAGUGAUGAUUCUUCAGAUGAAGAUAAACUUAAAAUUGCUGAUGAAGGACAUCCUCGACACAGCAACAGCAACAGCGACUCAGACGAGGGUGAACAAGACCAUGAACGGCGGAAGAGGGGAGACUCUUCGGAUAGUGAUUCCGACGAGAACCAGAACAAAUCUGGCAGUGAGGCCGGCAGUCCUCGGAGGGUCCGAAGACCUCGGUCAGAUGAGGAUUCAGACAGUGACCAGCAACCCAGAAAGAGGAGGCCCUCAGGUUCUGAACAGUCUGACAAUGAGUCUGUGCAGUCAGGGAGAAGCCGCUCAGGAGGCUCCGAAAACGACUCUCGACCUGCUUCUCCCAGUGCCGAGUCAGAUCAUGAUUCAGAGAGAGGGUCUGAUAAUGAGGGUUCUGGCCGAGGCUCUGGCAAUGAAUCAGAACCAGAGGGAUCCAACAAUGAGGCCUCCGAUCGGGGCUCAGAACAUGGGUCAGAUGAUAGCGACUAGGUUUUAUUUGAUAGAUAAGCUGCAUCUCUGGAGGCAACUUUUUAAUAUAUGAAAGCUGUGACUUAAAAAAAUAGUAUCAAAUAUUUAGUGAAACAGUUGUGAAGUUUUUCCUAAAGUAAUUUUUUUCUAUCUUUAUAUAUUACCAAGCCCCAACAGACAUUUUCUGUCCAACAUUUGAGUCUCUUCUGCAAGUGAAGAAUGUGACUAUUCUUCAUUGUGGCAUAAUUCCACUGAUCAUAUGUGAAAUCUGCAGUGAAAUAAACCCUGACGCUAAAUCAUUCCUACAAAGGUUUGACUGUAACUGUGGGAGUUAGUUCUCUUCUUGUAUGUAAAGCAGCAGACCGUUUUAAUUUUUAUUGCAAUCUUUUUCCAAGUUGUGCAAGAAACUUGGUAUUAACAAUUUUGUCCUAUUUUAAGUUGAGAUUGAAGGUAUUUUUUAUUUUCUGGAGAAAGAGGUAUCUACUGUAUACUUGCACCAAAGUACAAAUGAAAGGUUUCCUUCAGUAGUGUAAACACUGCAGCCAUGUAGAUAAAAUCACAAAUAUCUUAUUUGUUAGGCUGAAUAGAUGUGGAAAAAUGCUUUUCUUUUAGAAGAAUGCAAAGACCUACCUAAGCCACAAAAUAAAAUUCUUUUUAUCAA